UUUUCACUAAUUCUACCCCUAGAUGCAAAAGUGAGGGAACACGUUCCUCGCCGUAGUGGUAUCCUAGAAACGGUGCAGGCCAUUCCUACAUCGACCACACCCACCGCUCGUGUCUCUGCGCGCGGAGACGCGUCCGCGAACUCCACGAAAGAUAACGUGAAAACUCCUGACCCUGUGAACAAUACACCCGCCAAAGGAACAAAUUCCUCUUCUGACGUUAACGACAACGUCGUGACUAAUAACGUGACUGUCGUUCAGAACGCCACAAACAAACUGCAAAACUUAGCAACGUAUUCGCUUGAUCCUCCGAACAGUUUUUCUCGGCCGACGAGGAUUCCAGCGAUCGAUACCAUCUCGGCUGCGUGGCCAACGCCUAUGGGAUCAAUCGAUAAUGAAAUGGACGACGUCGGCAACCCACCUUCGAUGCAACCAAUUACGAAUGAAAUGAGCAGCAUGAGUAGCAACGAGAAAAUUCCUGAUAUAGAUGAGAUUUCCGACGUGGCGCGGAUUCCUCUUGAUUUUCAAGAAGAGCCGGCGUGGGAAAGAAGUCACGCCUCUGUUGCUAACGUUACGGAUGGUCACGCAACGCACGGUCACGCAAUGUCUUCUUUUGGUCACGCUGCGAGUAGGCAUUUUGUCCCUACUCUGAGUGGGAACAGGAAGAAAUUACGCCUUGUAAAAAGCAGAAAAAUAAUCAGUACGUAUGCCAGAAGGCGGGAGAAUGUUGUGGCACAUCCGAGGGUAACAACUGUGUCGAGGAGUUGGAAGACUAACUUGAAAGUGAGAAAAUUCAAGAGAAAGGAGAAGUUAUUGACAAGGACACACAGCAACCUGAAACACAAGAACAGUCAACAUACCGCUAAGCGCAACAGGAAAGGGAAAAAAAGAGUGUCCAUUCCUCCUCCCAAGCCCAUAGAUCCCAUCCAGCCGCUACUAGAAACAUUUGAGAAAGAGAAAGAAGUGGGUGACAUUAAAGAACAUGCGAUGGACAUUGAAGCUGUUAAGCCCAAUGAAGAGAUUGAUAAACAUUUAAUAUCAUUGAAAUCUCAACCCAAGAUAGACCCAAUUACGCAGCACAUAUCUAAAGAAAAACCAGCCGAUGUAGAGCCCAUACAAAGUCAUCAACUUGUUGAAAACGCCAAAUAAUUCGUUUUGAGACGAUGUAUCAUCGAUUAUUAAAGGGGCAUGGCUUCGUUAAGUCAAAACUUAAAAGACAUUUUGUUGAUGGAAACCUAAAUACGAUGGUCUAGUUCUGUUAAAAAUUACUAUAUAAGUACACAGAAGCUACUGAGAUAGUGUUACAAUGGCUUACGUAUGCACGUGACUAUGAUUAUGGCAGACUUUUCGUGCCAUGGAAAAAAUCGCUUAAGACUAAUUACAAUUUGCUCGCCCAUCAAUAAUUUACUAAAUUAAUAUUUUUAUCUCGGUGUUGUAAGAGCAUUUUGCGUUUAAACGAAGGUACUUCUGUAACCAAAACUGUUAAAUCUGCUCUAAUGGACUUGAAUUAACACUAUAGAUCGUUUUCACUGUCACGCAAUAAAAAAACAUAUCGAAAAUUAACCAUUCAGAGGAUAAAGUCAAGAAAUUGUGACCUUAUAGGAAAUAGAUAGAGAAGAGACUUCUCCAAGUUUUAGGUUUGUGCGUUUUCCCAGACGGCAGAUAUUUGUCGAAAUGUUUCGCAGAAAUUCACA